AUGGCGAGAGCCUUUCGCGCGGCAUCCCCGCUGCCCCUCCCCUCUUCCAGCUCCAGGAGCGCCACCGCACCGAGCGGCGGCGGUGGCAGCGGGAGCUUCACUUGGCUGCUCAAGAAGCGCUCCAGCAAGGCGCCGCAGCGCAGCGGGCCGAGCGGCCAAGAGGCGGAGGACGAGGGAGACGAGGAGGAGGCUGGAGCAGCCGCUCUGUCCUCCGCGCACUCGUCUUCCACCGGCGAGCAGUCCUCCUCUUCCUCCUCGUCGUCGAGGAAGAAGCGCGCGGACGCGCUGGCGCGUCUGCGGUCGGUGUUCCUGGCGGCGAUCACGCACCGGCGCCGGCGCCGGCAGCUCGGGUCGUGCGUCACGGGCACCAUCUUCGGGCGCCGGCGCGGGCGCGUGCACGUGGCGCUGCAGACGGACCCGCGAUCGGCGCCGGUGCUGCUGGUGGAGAUGGCCGCCUACUCCACCGGCGCGCUCGUCAGGGAGAUGUCCUCGGGCCUCGUGCGCCUCGCGCUCGAGUGCGAGAAGCCGCCGCUCAACGCAGGGGAGAAGCGGCGGCCGCUGCUGGAGGAGCCGACGUGGCGCGCGUACUGCAACGGGCUCAAGUGCGGCUACGCGGUGCACCGCGAGUGCGGCGCCGACGAGUGGCGCGUGCUGGGCGCCGUGGAGCAGGUGUCCGUCGGCGCCGGCGUGCUCCCGGACGACGGUGCCGCCGGGGCCGCAGGCGGCGCCGGCGAGGGCGAUCUGAUGUACAUGCGCGCCAAGUUCGAGCGGGUCGUCGGAUCGAGGGACUCGGAGGCGUUCUACAUGAUGAACCCCGACGGCAGCGGAGGACCCGAGCUCAGCAUCUACCUGCUCAGAGUCUGA